GUUUUAAGUAGUGCUUGGAUAUAUGGAACAUGCAUUGUUAUCCUGUGCUUGCCACACUGCUGCAGUAGAGUGUGUUUUUUGCUGAGCUGAAAAGUGGUCCUGCUAAAAGCAAAGCAUCCUUUACCAGAGGACUUGGAUAAAAAAAAAUGUAACGAUUCCUGGCAUUCAGAAAUCAAGCUCCAUCAUUCUCUUAUGCUUAUUUUGUCUUUCUGUGCUGCUAUGUGAAGAAUAAACCUGCAUAUUCAGAUGUCACCAGCAUAUAGGCACCCUGUAAGAGUCACAGUGUACACUGUGUGGUGAGCCUGAAGACCAGCAGUAUUCCUGGUCACCUUCUCAGCACUUCAAUGAGGACAGAUACUCUCCUGCACCAAGGAGCAUGAAGGGUUUAUCUGGCAGCCGAACUCAGCCACAGCUAAGUUCAGGACACACUUGUGGCUUAGCGGAAUGUGAACAUUCCCACGACCAUAUCCACCAUGGGCAGGACUCAAGGCAAUCGUAUUUACUUAGCCCUACGGACAGCUGCCAAAUGGACCACCGCUGCUCGCCUCGUAGCUCCAUCCACUCAGAUUGCAUGAUGAUGCCUAUGACGGUGGGAGACCACAUGUCAAGCAGCACUUUCCCAAGAAUGCACUACAGCUCUCAUUACGAAACCAGGGAUGACUGUGCCAUGUCACACGCCAGCAGCAAGAUCAACCGAAUCCCAGCUAACCUCUUGGAUCAGUUUGAAAAGCAGCUGCCACUGCACCGAGAUGGUUUCCACACCCUGCAGUACCAGAGGACAUCCACCACAGAGCAGCGCAGCGAAAGCCCUGGAAGAAUACGGCACCUUGUCCACUCGGUCCAAAAACUGUUUACCAAGUCUCACUCUUUGGAGGGGUCUUCAAAAAGUAAUAUGAAUGGAACUAAGGGAGACAGCAGAGGUGACAGCCACCAUCACAGUCACCACUCGAAACAUAGUAAAAGGAGUAAAAGUAAGGAGAGAAAACCGGACUCUAAGCAUAGAUCAGGGAUGGGCUGGUGGAGCUCUGAUGACAACCUGGAUAGUGACAGCACUUACAGAACACCAAGUGUUAUGAGUAGGCAUCACGUUGACCAUAUCAGUCACUGUUACCCAGAAUCUAUACAAGGCCACUUUGGGGACCUUACACUAAAGACUUCAAAAAGUAACAAUGACGUUAAAUGUUCAGCCUGUGAAGGGCUGGCCAUGGCACCUGAAGGAAAGUUCAUGAAAAGGAGCUCAUGGUCAACUCUAACUGUGAGCCAAGCCAAGGAGGCUUAUCGCAAGUCAUCACUAAAUCUGGAAAAGCCAAUGAUGCAUCAGGAUAUUAAACCAUCCCUGAGGCCAUGCCAUUACCUACAGGUGCCUCAAGACGAGUGGGGAGGGUACCCAGGAAUUAACAAAGAUGACGAGAUACCCUGCAGGAGGAUGAGGAGUGGGAGUUAUAUCAAAGCCAUGGGAGACGAUGAAAGUGGAGAGUCUGAUACCAGCCCUAAAACAUCACCAAAGGCAGCCGUCCGACCAGAUUCCCUUGUCAAAUUUGCUGGGCAAAGACCACAUGGAGAUCACCAAAUCCAGACCUACCACCUGCAUGCUGCGAGAGAUAUGCAUCCCAGUGUCAGCUUGAAUCCUGCGGCCAACUAUAACUGCCCCAAGUUCCGUUCCAGAAAUCAGAGCUACAUGAGAGCAGUGAGCACCCUCAGUCAGGCAAGCUGUGUUAGUCAGGUGAGUGAGACUGAGAUCAAUGGCCAGUUUGAAUCAGUUUGCGAGUCCGUUUUUAGUGAAGUAGAAUCUCAGGCUAUGGAUGCCUUGGACCUGCCUGGCUGUUUCCGCACUCGAAGCCACAGUUACCUGCGUGCUAUUCAGGCUGGUUACUCCCAGGAUGAUGACUGCAUACCUUCAAUGACAUCUUCCACAGUCACCUCAACUAUCAGAUCAGGGAUCCAGUUUCGCCUUCCAUCUGCCGUGGAUCGGACGCCACAAUCUCCAGCAGUAACAUAUACCACCAGUUACAAAAAGACACCACCUCCCGUCCCUCCACGCUCCACCUCCAAACCGCUCAUUUCAGUCACGGCCCAAAGCAGUACGGAAUCCACCCAAGAUGCCUACCAUGACAGCAGGCAUCAGAGGGGGGGACUGUGGCCUCUUGACAUCCGAGGCAUGUACACCUCUACUGACAGUCUAGAUAGUACCAAAGCAGUAACUCUCGCUAUGGAGACGGCGGCUGGCAAGCGACAUGCUUCCACUGACAGCCACAGCUCCGUUCUCACCAGCGACAAGGGCAUCCUGGUGAAAAAGGGAGACGAAUUUCUGAAGAGUCGGAGAUCCUCCAUCGGGAUUCAGGUGGAAACAGCAACUGAUUCUGAAUCAGAAGGCAGAGGCUUGCGGGAAUACCAUUCAGUUGGAGUACAAGUGGAAGAUAAAAACCGACAUGGGAGAUUCAAGCGCUCAAACAGCGUCACUGCUGCUGUUCAGGCCGAUCUGGAACUGGAAGGUUUCCCCAGCCAUGUCACCAUGGAGGACAAGGGCCUUCAGUUUGGAGGCUCUUUUCAACGGCACUCUGAGCCCAGCACCCCCACUCAGUACGGUGCAGUCCGGACUGUAAGGACCCAGGGUCUCUUCAGUUACAGGGAGGACUAUCGGGCUCCUGUUGAGCUCCCCAGCCCUCAGCCUGACCCAUGGCUUGUGGAGUCACCUCGCGAGGUGGUAGAAACAGGCAGGUUGUCUCCUUGUCGACGCGAUGGAAGCUGGUUCAUGCAGCUGCUACAUGCUGAGACCAAGAGGAUGGAAGGCUGGUGCAAAGAGAUGGAGAGAGAAGCAGAAGAAAAUGAUCUCUCAGAAGAAAUCCUAGGUAAAAUCCGGAGUGCAGUUGGAAGUGCUCAGCUCCUCAUGUCUCAGAAAUUCCAGCAGUUUUACUGGCUCUGUCAGCAGAACCUGGACCCCAGUGCAAUGCCUAGGCCCACCUCUCAAGACCUGGCAGGAUUCUGGGAUCUUCUACAGCUUUCCAUUGACGAUGUCAGCAUGAAAUUUAAUGAGUUGCAACAGAUAAAGAAUAAUGACUGGAGACCCAUUGAAACUCUGGAAAAGAAGGAGGAAAAGAAAAUCCCACCUCCUGUACCAAAGAAGCCCCCAAAAGGAAAAAUUGCUGUCAUGCGAGAAAAGUCCCUGGACCUGCCAGACAGACAGCGACAGGAAGCCAGGAGACGGCUUAUGGCUGUCAAGAGGGCGGCUUCCUUUCGUCAGAACUCAGCUACAGAGCGAGCCGACAGCAUUGAGAUUUACAUCCCAGAGGCCCAGACCAGACUUUAAGACACAGAAUGCUUCGGAAUGUUCCCUUUGUAAACCAUAUUCAACUUUUUUUUUCAUGUAUUGCUUUAUAUCUACAUUGGUGUUCAUUGUGUCAUCAACACCUUGAACAGAAUUUAUUUUGCCCAGUAAAAAGAAAAAAAAAGAUUUAGGUUUCUUACUUGGUAACAAACAGACUAAAUGAAGCAAGGUUUGGAAAAGGCCCCCUUUCACCUUGGUUGUCUCUCAGAAUGAACUAGCAUCUCUUCAAUACAAAAAUUGUUUCAGAAUGAUCAUAUCACUCAGCACAAAAUGUACCUAUGGGGUUGUCCAGCUAUUUCAACUUUUUCAAGGUUUCUCACAAAGUGCAACUUUUUAUAAACCCCCCAGCAUCAGCAGUCUUUGGUUUAAAGGUAGCUCAGAACUGAUGACUCUCUUCACAUUAUUUAAUCAGGGCUUUUUUAGGGUACUAUGAAAUGUAUUGGUUGCUUGAUCGUUCGAUUACUGAAUUGACAAGAUUCACUUUCUGAUUGUGUUAUUAGAACUUCAGAGAACACUGCAUAAUUAACACAAUAAUGCUGUUGUUUGAAAUACCUCAAUAAUUAUUGAUAUAAUUUAAGUGUGUCAUCAUCAUUUCUGAAAUCACCUUUUCUUACCUCUGUAUGCUCUGCUUUGUAAAUGUUGAAAAUAAUGGAAAACCCCACUCCCCUCUUCCCAAGAGAAGGAGCAGGCUGUACAAAUAGAAAGCUGCAUCUACAAACAAACAUGUGCCAACUAAUACACAAACAGCCAAACACUGUCAUACAGCUUUAUUAUCUUGUUCAUUGAAGAGAAACCAUUAACAAUUCUGUGCCAUGAUUUGAAAUAUAAAAUGUAACUGUGCCAACUAGAAGAAAAAAAAAAAGAAUCAAUGCAUUUUAUCCGUAGGUAUGUUGUAUGUUGUACAUCGCUUAGUUAUGCAUUUCUGAAAAUCAGAUGUGUGCAGUACAGUAACCUCUUUUUUAAAAUGGGCAUGCCAUCAUACUUAUUUUCAAGGGUGUGCAAGCAAUAUAAUGUAUUGUUUGAGUUGUACAGCUAGAUAUGAAGUGAUUGCUCUUGCUUGUUACUGAAAAUGUCAUUGACAGUGUCCUGCAUAUGAAUGCAAGUCCUAACCUACCUGAUGGAAAACAGUAACAAUGUUGCUUUUGAAAUCAAAAGAAAAACAUACCCUGAGCCAGAUAACUAGGGGACCAGUGAACUUGAAAUAUUGGACUAAUGUUACUCAUGUUCAUUAAGAAAAAGAAACCUACCAGCAAAGUGAACAGUAUGUUCAGAAUAGCAUCUGUUAAGCCCUGGACCCCCUGGCAAUCAGUUGCGGUGUGUUAUGCUUUACGAUGCAAUUUUACAGGAUCAGCUGAUUGAUUUCAGUCGGCUCGCAGAGUUUAAACAUGUUUAAUAUCUGGCAGUGUGUACCAGGUUUUAAUAACCAAACUGACCUAAAAUGUGUGCAGUAACAAGAAAUAAGCAAGUAUUUAAAUCUGCAUUUAACAUAUACAUAAAUAAUCAUUCAAUAGAAAAUUUAGGGGGCUAUAACUACUAAUUAGGCUGCCCCUGAAUGUUUCUUUUUCAGUUAAAAAAAAAAAAAACAGUCUGAUUUUAGAUGCCAGUUGUUAUGAAUGUAGUAAUGAGUGUUAGCUUUUUACUAAAAGUAAAAUAAGAUAAUAUCAGUCUGUAUUUAGUCUGCAUGAAUCUGUGAUGAUUCCCAUGGUCCAAAAAGGAUUUGAAUGUAUGAAGCAGACAUACAAAAGGCAAUACAAUUUGUUAAGUUGACCCUUUCUUCAUCGAACUUUGGGACCAUGAAAACUUUCUCAGCUGUUUUAAAGGUGGUUUAUUUCUUCUGUUUAAUUCACUUUAUUCUUAUUUUACUUUUCCAAUGUUGGGGUUCCUUUCCUAACAUAUGUGAGCACACACUGAUCCUCAUCUGAGCACCUGCCAUUUAGUACUAUGCCUCUCUCAGUUACUAUGCCAUUUAGUACUGUGCCAAAUUGUGUAGUAUUUUAUGGUCCCUAUUAUCUGAGUGAUGUGGUAUACAGAUGUGUCUACUGACACAUCUCAUUUAAUGCGGCCCAGGUACGCCUGUCACAGGCAAGAGGGAGUUCAUUACAGGUGGUUUUGCGAUGUGGAUCAAUAUACAGGGGGACAAAGACCACGAGACCAUGGGGUCUAUUCAUAAAGAGUUAACACCUGUCGAAAUGAGAAAACAGGAGUACAUGAUCGGAUUCCGCCUAUUUAACGGUAGUUGCUAUUCAUAAGAGAUAAUUGAGAUGUGUCGUUAAGCCCCAAUGAUUUUCGUCUGUGAAGGCAUGUUUUUAAAGAAUUGAGAGAAAGGUUAACGAUGACCUCAUUAGCAUAAAGUUUUCGUCGGUCCUGAGCGUCAACCUGCUAUUCGUGAGAGUAAACGACAGCAAAAUGCUGUCGAUAACUAGGAGUUAUUGAACGCUUUCUACAGUCCAGUCUAAACUAACGACAGCCUCGGCAGACUAUUUUUUUAAAGACAUUUUAUUAUUACACUUGCUCUGUUGUACAGUUUGACAUACCCGUGAUUAACACUGCCUACUUUGAAAAAAAAUCUGUGGCUUUAUAUGAAGGAAAAUGUUUAAUAUAAAUAUAUACUCCCACAAGAACAUAUUCGCUGGCAUAAUCAUUUUGAAACAGCACUGUGAAGUGGAGAGCAAGUGAGAGACUGAGAAUAGAAUUUUAUUGUUAUUAUUAUUAUUAUUAUUAUUAUUAUUAUUAUUAUUAUUAUUAUUAUUACAGUAUUAUUCAAACAACCUCCUACAGUGCUUGUUGUUUAGUUUAUUUAUUUUUUUGGUCCUGCAGUUAAGAAUGGAAAUCUUAUGUGUGCGUAUGGAAAUGUCUUUACCAGCGUUGCCAAACAAAACGAAAAUACAAAGUAGUUAUUUAAAAAUCUUUUUUUUUUUUUUCUAAAUUAUGACAUGUCCUGAAUUUUUGGCAGAUGUGAUAGAGGCAUCGGAAUCAGGUUUUGCAAACUGCCCGUGGCUGGCAGCUGCAGACUCGGGUUUCGGUAGUAGGCUACUGUCGGUGGAUUCCGUUUUUCUUUUUUGCAACAGCUACUGACAUCACCCAGGGAACAUUAAUAAUGCUGAUGAGGUCAUCAAAAAGAGGCGACUGUAUACCCAUUCAUAAAGUGCUUUGUGACAGUCGCCCGUAUUCUCAGAUGAUUUUAUGAAUAGCAAUAUGGACGACUUUCAUUAGUUUUAAACAAAAUUCAUUUUACUACAACAGUCGGCAAGUACUUUUAUGAAUAGGGCCCCAUGUGACUAAUUUCAUUUGUCAACCAGGACAGAUUUGAGCCCUUUGUUACUUCUGCUCUCCAGAGGUGAAAGUCCUCAUUUAAACUUGCUUGGUUUGAGUGAGUUUUCAAACGAGAGAGUAGACCCUCUUAAAUGACAGUGGAGAAGAUUUCAUGAAUACCAAACCUCUUUUAAUCCCUAAAACUGUCUUUAAGGAACAUUACAGUGUUCUAAAUGGAGAAAAAGGUCAAUCUCAACCUUACCUUGUAAAGUAAAUGAAAGAGCAUGGAUGACAGUAUAGAGUUGUGUUAACAUGAAUGUUAUAAAAAAAAAUAAAAAAUAAAAAGAGAUCAUAGAAUAGGUUAAAAUUACUAGAUGAACAUCCCUAUAAAAUUACAUCUCAUAUUAGAUGCAUUUAUUGUACCAAACAGCCUUAAACCACAUUUGAAAGCAAAAAUGCUUAUGAAUGUACAGCCCCUAAAGUUGCAAAAAAAAAAAAGAGACAACAGGUUCUGUGUUUCAUUUUUCCACAUUUGAGUUUAUUUAAGACUGCAAAAUUCUGCCAUGGAAAAUAAUCAGUUUAUUAGCUGAAUUGAAAUUAAGAUUUUUUUUAACCCCAACUGGACCUCAAAUUGGAGUUUUCCACGGUUCCUGUUGUCCUUGUUUGUGAACUUGAAAGCUCUUGUGUUAUGAAAAGUACCUCAGGCUUCUUGAACAAUUUUGUACAGUAUCCAGAGCCUAGCUAUACUAUUUACAGAACUCGUCUUUGUUUCUGAUGUUAGUUUCAAUACAAAUCAUAUUGUAAGUGUGUAGUACAUUUUACCAGGAAAUCCUAAAAAAAAAAAAAAAAUGCAGCUAAAAAAAUAAACUACAGAAAAAAAACAGUGUGUGAGAAAGAAAGUUCAUUUCAAGAUCAUAGUUUUCUAUAUUUCUAUUUACUGAAAAUACACCUAUUAUUAAGCUCAGCCUUGUGUAAGCAUCAUUAUUAUCAGUUACAUCAGACAUGAUAACCUUUACAACAAACUAAAACACUGCUGUCUACUUGAAUUGAGUUUGCUAUAGUUUUACCGUCUAAUAAACUGUCCACAUGUGGUCACAAUCUAUGAUAGCCAAUGGUCAGAUUUUAAUUACCUGUUACAGUCUUACAAAGGUUACAUUAUUAUAAAUUAGCCAACUUGAUUGCAGAGUUAACAUUGAGCCUUGUUACUAUAUUCUCUUUACAUCAGUGCCAAGAAUAGACUUGCCAGUGUUCUUUUUUUAUCAUAUUCAAUUGAUUUUAUUUUGCUGUAUUGUUUAUUUAUUUACUGAUAUAUGAAUGUGCCAUUUUUUGUUGUGAAAAGGAGAUGCAGUAUGCUUCUGUUACGAAAAAUAUGUAUUUUACACAGCCGGCUCAAAUUACAGUAUCUUAUUAAUACCAGGUAUUCUCUGAUAAUACUUUUUUUCUUUACUCCACUUAUUUAUAUCAAUAACCCGUUUUGACCAAAAAGAAUAGAAAAGUGCUUUUUGAAACUGUACUAACUAAAGGUUAGACUCCAUCUUAACUUACAAACUAAUACAUAUUCUGCUUUUUAAUAGUAUAUAACAGAGACUGCCAAAACUGAUGUAAUGUUAUCAGUAUUAAUAUUACUGCCACAAGUGCAAUAAAGCACAGGUAUGUGUACUGUAGGCAGGUCUUUGUGGGUAAAGCAUAUCAGUGCAAUCAAUGCCAGCCUGAGCACAGCAGAGCACUUUGCCAUGUCAAUAUCCUGGUAUAUAUAUAUAUAUAUAUAUGAAUGAUAAUACAAAGAUGGCUAUAUACAUUUAUUUAUUUAAAAUAUGAUUUUAGGCAUGCUAAGUCAGUGCUUAGUAUUUUGAUACACAGACAAGCUCCAUUCCCAAAACCGUCAUUAUAUACAAAGACUUUUUUUUUUAGUGAGACGUGCUUCUAAAGGUUAACAGGGUGCGUAUAGAUGUUUUUUUUAGGUAGUGAGGAGUGCUUCUUAAAGGUUAAUGGGGUGUGUAUGGAGGUUUUUUUAGAUAGUGAGGAGUGCUUCUUUAAAGGUUAAUGGGGUGCGUAUGGAGAGGUUUUUGCUUAGGAAAGUGAGGUAGAUCUAAUCAAGAUAUAAAACAAUGCGUGGCCAAUGCGUUUCACAAUGUAAAUGGAGCACCCCGGUUUGGCUGGGGGUGUUCUGAGGAAUAAUACCUGUGCAUUCCAUGCAGGGAUGGGACUUGCAAUAUGACUUGACAAA